GCGGAAGUGCAUUCCGGAAACCUCACGCGCCCCGAAAAUCAGCUGAUGGUGAUGACGUCACUCGUGUAAACGGCAGGAGUCCGUCACUAGCUCGGCACUUUCAGACCUAACGAUUAUCCGUUUCUUCAAGGAAUGGCGUUUGUUAAAAGUGGCUGGCUUCACCGCCAGAGCACUAUCUUGCGUCGCUGGAAGAAAAAUUGGUUUGACCUUUGGUCAGAUGGCCGUCUAAUUUUCUAUGAUGACCAGCAACGGCGUGACAUGGAGGAUGAAAUCCAUAUGAGGGUGGACUGCAUUAACAUUCGCAAUGCCAAUGCAUGUCGAGAUUUAACACCUCCUGAAGGAAAAGGCAGAGAAGCCCUUCUUCAAAUAGUGUGCCGUGAUGGACGUGUUAUCAGCCUCUGUGCAGACAGUGCAGAUGAUGCCCUGGCCUGGACUGUGGCCCUUCAGGAUGCCAGAAUCAACACAGUGGUGGCACCUCCUCAGUUUGGUUUUACCCAGGAAGUUAUUGCCUCUGCUCCUCCUUCUUAUGCGGAAUUAAACCCGACUCCUCAGGUAUAUUACCCGGACCAAUAUGGUGGCUAUGUCCCUUAUCCUCCUCCCCCCUAUGCCCCUAAUGCUGCAUAUUCUGCAGGUGGGCAACAGUAUGCAUUUGCCUCUCCCUAUCACAACCAAGGAGUGUACCCUUCUCAUGAAGUUAACCAUGUGAUCAUUGAGGAUCGUCGGCGUGAUGAUGCAGGCGGUAUCGCUCUCGGCAUGCUCACUGGUGCUGCUACAGGAUUGGCUAUCGGUUCCCUAUUUUCUGUAUUUUAAUAUGCGUCAUUCUUUCUCACGGUGUCAGUAUAGGAUGGACUAGUCUUGUGUUACUGCUCUUAUCUUUGCUACAAGUCCAUGCUAUAUGUAAUACUUAGAUCUAAUAGACUUUAACUGCCUAAUGGAUCACAAAUGCUUCCCCCAACACAGCUAAUUAGUCUGUAUGAACCAAAGCCUCAUGGUAGCAUUUAUAGCUUGGUGUGGGAAAGUUUGUUUCAUGUGUACAUUGUGAAAUGAAAUGGAGUGGUUUUGAACUGCAACAGUGUGAAAGAGGCGUUAGGGUGGUUGCGCCUGAAGAUUGGGUCACCUGCUUAGAUUGCAUUUGUAGGCUAAAUGCGGUGAAAUGAAGUAUGACUGGUGAUUGUUUUUCACUAUGGUGUCUUAAAAUGAUUGGCAUUGUAUUUUUUUUUCUUCUCACUGAGUCCAUAGGAUGUUUUGUAAGCAGACCUUGAUAGUCGAUCAAACUGGAUAAAAAUGAGAUGACAUUUGCUUUAAACUUUAACAGUAGGUUUGCUGAUUCCUGAACUUAACUACUGAUCAAUUGGUGGAAACUUGAAAUAUGAAUAGUGCAAUAAUUAAUGCAUGUUGGAAAGAUUCUGAUCUUGAUUUUGUUUUAGGUCAAUGAUGGCCUUAUUUGGGAUGCUUUAAGACUUGUGCAUACUUCCAUUGUGGCCUUACAAGGAGACCUAGAACAAGCAAACCAGAUGCUAGAAAUAAUGCGAUAUUUUGAGAUUUUUCCCCCAUUAAUAAGUACUUUAACCAGUUGUAGCAGUGAAUUAAAAUUCAAAUGGACACAUCCUGUUGAGCUAGUUUGGUGGAAAAAUGCAAAUGUUUAUAGUGCGUCGUAUUGCUGAAAACAUAAACUCCAUUAAUUCAUUGUUUAUCAGUUUGCCUUACUCCAAAUCAGGUGAAUACAGUUAAGAUGCAUUUUAUUUUCCUUUCUGCACCAAAAGGUUGGACUUAUAAACACCUGGCACCACAGUCAGAAAAUGCACCAAUUGAUGACCCUCACCAGAUCUCAGAGUUGGAUAUGAAUAUCUGCUCUGUUUGCGCUAAUUCCAUAGCAGCAAAGAUGUUUAAUGUAUAUUAGAAUAUCAGAAAAGCACUCCUGGUUUGCACUGGUGUGAGAGCUUGUUGUUCUGGCUCUGGCUUUACUCUUUUUCUGUCUGUUCUUCACUGAACCCUCAUUUAUUCUAUACCUCUAAAGCUGUUAUAAUAAUAGUAGAAUUUAUAUGUUCCUUUUUUGGAAAAUAAUUUUUUUAAAAGCUUCUCUCCAAUUUGAGUGUUAUUUAUUUGGUUUGGGUUUGUGGAAAAUGUCUGUAAUGCUUUGGGUUGUGGUAUCUCUGUUUCUACAUUGUUUUUAUUUUGUUGUUGUUUUGUGAAGAAGUUAAAAGGAGCAGCCUAUUUUAACCCAUUAACCCAAAAUGAGCAAACGAAUGCUCUCUGAAUAACAUCCAAGGGACUCUGACCUCCCAUAAUAAUGUAAGGAGAAAUACUUGGUGUACACAGGGCACUGGAUUUUCACCUUUUCUUCUGCUCAGUUUUUCAUUCGGUAUACUUUGACAAUAAUUAUGGUUUACAUUAGACCAUAUUAAUUAUUGACUACAUUAACUGUCUGUUUACUUGAACAUUGUGUUUACAUGAGCAAUGGUAUGUUGAAUUGGUUUUAAACUGAAGUCAUUGUUUAAUAAAAUUUUCCCUUCAACAUUUUAUCACAUUGAGUAUUACGGAUAUUUGUUUGUGAACCAGUAACCAAAACAUGUAUAUCUGAUAAAUACUUUCUGAAGCUACUUUUGUUUGUUGUAUUUAACUUUUACUGUCUUAUUCUUGGUCCAGUAUACCUGCACAUACACUAUUUGUUGUUGAACCAGUUUGUAUUUCCAUGUUAUACUAUCAUGAAAUUAAUUAAAGUAAGCAACCUAAA